AUGCGAGGUGUUACAACUCACGAACAGCUACGAUCCAAUCUCGCAUCCAUGCCGUUUGAGGACCAUCCGUACAACUUUGGCAAUCCAUUCAAGAACAUGUAUCAUAUAUUAUGCAGGCCUCAUAAUAAAAGUUACAUUGCCAGACGUAAAUUUGCAGAAGAGAUAUACGAUAUCCAGCCCAGUCAGGCCGCCAACAGCUCAAACAUAUCGACAGCGAUUCAAGAUGACCUCGGCCAAAUCUCUACAUUAGACACCAUUGCUGCUUCCAACAUUCCUCUGCAGAAUAGAUAA